UACCCACACCUACACUGACUGUGACACCAGACAGAUCUGUGUUCACUGGAGAGACAGUCAAUCUGAAGUGUGUGAUAAACUCUGAUCACAGUGACUGGAGAUAUGAGUGGAAUAAAGACUACAGUGUGUUACAGACGUCUGAGCGUUACACUGUAAACAGAGACACUCUCAGUAUUGUUGGAGCUGUUAAGUCUGAUCAGGGUCAGUACAGGUGUGAAGGACACAUAGAAGGAAGAUCAGUUUCAUCACGAUCAAGCUCUGUUUAUCUCUCUGUGAUGGAUCCACCCACAUCUACACUGACUGUGACACCAGACAGAUCUGUAUUCACUGGAGAGACAGUCAGUAUUAAGUGUGAGAUAGAGACUUACAGUAACUGGAGACAGAGAAAUUAUCUGACAUAUGACUGGAGAAAUGACUGGAGAUAUGAGUGGUAUAAAGGCAACAGAGACAGUGUGUUACAGACGUCUGAGCAUUACACUGUAAACGGAGACACUCUCAGUAUUGUUGGAGCUGUUACAUCUGAUCAGGAUCAGUACUGGUGUAGAGGACAGAGAGAUGGAAGACCAAACUCAUCACAAUCAAGCUCUCUUUCUCUCUCUGUGAAGGAUAAACCGAAGCCAAAUCUGACUGUAAAGCCCCAGAGUUCAAUGUUAACUGGAGACACAGUUACUCUCAGCUGUGACGUGGGACAGUCAACUGGAUGGACGUUUCUCUGGAGGAAAGACUCAAACCCUGAAUUCAUUGAUCAUUCAACUAAAACAAUCAGUUCUGUGAGAGUCUCUGAUGGAGGAACAUACCAGUGCAGAGCAGAGAGAGGAAAAUACUACACAGAGAUCAGUGAUACAAUUAAGAUAACAGUAAGAGAGAGACCCAAACCUGUAGUGCGUGUUCAGCCUGAUGUUCGUGUGUUCAGAGGAGAGACGGUCACUCUCACAUGUGACAUACAGGAGGCAGGAGUCUGGCGGUACAACUGGUAUAAAGAUCAUUACAGCAGAGGACAAGACCAGAUCUAUUACAGUACAGGACAAGACCAGAUCUAUAAAAUCACAUCUGUGGAUCAGUCUCAUGCUGGUGUGUACAGCUGUAGAGGAAACCAGACUGAAGCCCCACAGCAUUCAGAGUUCAGUGAUGGAGUUACACUGACAGUAUCAGAUUUACCCACACCUACACUGACUAUCUAA